AUGCAGCUCAUCAAGCACCUCAUCCCCGUUACGGCGGCUCUAGGCCUCGUGGCGAGCUACGACGUCCCGCCUCGCCCCAACAUCGUCCCUUUCCCAAAGACCCCGACGCGUGCUCUCCCCAUCAGUCCUCCCCGUGACCCGGCGAGGGUGUGCAUCGUCUGCCCCAAGACCACCGGAGACUCGGCGCCGGCGAUCCUCAAGGCGGCCCACGACUGCAACGAUGGCGGCACCGUCGUCUUCAUGCCCGGCGCGACCUAUAGGAUCGCCAGCCGUGUCGACCUGACGUUCCUGAAGCACAUCGACUUCGCCAUCCUCGGCACCAUCGUCUUCAGCGACGAUGUGCAGUACUGGCAGACCAACACGUUUGCGUACCGCUACCAGAACGUCAACCUGAUGUGGCGGUUCGGGGGCGAGGACGUGAACAUCUACGGCCUAGGCCAGGGACUCAUCGAAGGCCUCGGUCAGACGUGGUGGAAUGCCAACGUGGCCAACUCCACCGUCGUCCGCCCGCUCCUCCUCGGCACCGACGGCCUUAGGGGCGGCUCCAUCACGGGGCUCAACAUGCGCAACUCGCCCAACUGGUUCAACAUCAUUGCCAACUCGUCCGAUAUCCUCGUCUCGGACAUGAACCUCGUGGUGGAAGUGACCAAUAAGACGUCUCCGGCCAAGAACACGGACGGCUGGGACACGUACCGUAGCGACAACAUUGUCAUCCAGAAUUCGGUAAUUGACAACACGGACGACUGUGUAUCAUUCAAGCCAAACUCGACCAACGUCCUGGUCCAGGGCCUCCGCUGCAACGGCUCGCACGGCAUCUCGGUCGGCAGCCUCGGGCAGUAUCAGGGCCAGGUCGACAUUGUCGAGAACCUCUACAUCUACAACAAUUCCAUGUCCAACGCCUCCGACGGCGCCCGCAUCAAGAUCUGGCCCGGCGUGCCGCCUGGCACGGUCGGCUCGGAGGCGGGAGGCGGCCUCGGCCACGUCCGGAACGUGACGUAUGAGAAAUACGAAAACAAGAACAACGAUUGGGCAAUUCAACUUACCCAGUGCUACUUCGCUGCCAGCCAAGAAGCGUGCCGCAAAUACCCCGCCACAUUGAUCAUCGAGGAUAUCGUGUUCAAGGACUUCACCGGAACGACGUCGAAGAAGAACGACCCCCGCGUCGGCUCCCUCAUCUGCAGUGAUCCCUCUGUCUGCAGGAACAUUCGGGCCCAGAACAUCAACAUCUCGCCGCCCAGCGGCAAGCCGGCCAAGUGGACGUGCACCAACAUGGACAAGUCGCUGUUGGACAUCGACUGCAUCUAG